AUGAAAUUAAUACCGAGUAUUUUGUUAACAACAUUCGUUGCGAUAUCUUUACAAACAACUGGCAAUAGACCAAAGCAUCCUGAUGAUGGUGAUGAUGGCAAAUGUGAAUUAAUAGGUACAUUUUCACUUAUAACGCAAGCGUUUUUGGGGGUGCUUUGUCUCUCAUCGUUAAUAGUUAAACGAUUUUAUGAGUAUCCAUUGAGAAGAACGUGGCCAGUAUGGUUCUUUGAUGUGAUGAAGCAAUUAAUUGGUGCACUUGGGGUCCAUGUAUUCAAUGUGUUUUUGUCAAUAUUGAAAUCUAAGAAAGAUCCAAGAUUGAAGUGUACAAGGAAUAAGGAUAAAGAUGAUACUGACAACAGUAUUGAUCCGUGUGAUUGGUAUUUUUUAAAUAUAGUAUUCGAUUGCACCAUAGGAGUUUUGGUCUUGUACUUUGUAUUUAAUGCCUUUAACAAAGUUUGUCGAAAAUGGCUUAAAAUUACUCAGAUAGAGUCGGGUCAAUAUGGAUCUGAUCCAGAGAAACCGUCAGUUAGGGCGUUUUUAAAGCAAUUAGGAGUAUACUUUGGAUCGCUCAUGAUUACUAAAAUUAUCCUAUACGGAAUAGUCGAAUGCUUUGAAACUCAGUUAUUAUGGAUAACUAGCCACAUACUAUUGGUAUGGCUAGAUGAAUAUCCCGACGAAUUUGAAAUAUUUGUGGUCAUGUUCGUUGUACCUGUGGUAAUGAAUUGUCUACAAUUAGUUUUGGUUGACAACAUCAUUCAAAAUCGGAUUAUCGGAAAGGUGAAUGAACGAAUGCAUCACGAAUAUGUACAAAAUCCGUCAGGUGUAAAUGAAGGAUAUCUUCAUGAUGAAAUCGAGGAAUUUACAGGGCACGGAGACCACGGGCAUAAACGAAACCGUAGGAACAACUCUUUAUCUAGCAGGGAUGGGAUCAAAUCAUACGGUACGUUCAACGACGUCUGA